GCCGGGCGGGGCGGCCAUGAGGGCGGCCUGAGGGACGGCCCCGAGCGAGCCCCGGCCAUGGGCGAGCGGCGGCGCCGGGAGAGCAGCGAGCCGGGCACGGGUUUUCCUGCCGAGUCGGAGGAGCCCAGUUCCCUCUUGCAGAGGGCGGUGGCCGUGCUGCAGAGCUCCUACUUGGACUCCACCUCCCAGGAUGGUUUCCAGUACAGCCAGGCGAUCCUGGUGGAAAACGAUCUUUUCCUGAGUGAGCUCAAGGCUUUUGCCCGAGCCAAGGAAGCUGCUGGAUACAGCCAGGAGGAGCUCCAGGAGACCUUUGCGUUCCUGCUGUUCGAUAAGGAGGAGGAGGCGAGGGAGGUGUGCCAGAGCGGCCUCCGUGUCAACAGCAGCUCCAUUUCCACGCUGGGCGACCCAGCCAAAGGGGUUUACAUCUCCAAGCACGCCGACUGCCUCCGGCCCAGGCCCUGGCACCACGGGAAAUCGGGAUUCAUCGUCAUCUGCAAGCUGAUCAAGGGGAAGGUCCGAGCGAUCGCUGAGAAUUCCGCCGCCGCCUCCACCUGCCCCUCCCCGGGCUACGACUGCCACGUCUCCAAGCACGGCCCCACCAAGAGCAGCCCCUGCCAGGCCUUCGAGCAGAGCCAGUACUACGUGUACGAGGUGAGCGGCAGCAGCGCGGCCGAGCGGCCCAGGCAGGUGUGUCCCUACAUCUUCCUGGCCUGCCAGUACAGGGAGCCCGAGGCCAUGCCCGUGCUGGCCAUACAGAACCUAGCCGAGCGGAACCACAAAGCCCUGUACUGCCCGUGGAGGGGCCAGCUCUCCGUGCGGGGCCAGCUGCUGUGCACCAUCGCCCUGAGGACGCCCUACGGCUCCACAAUCCCAGCCCAGCUGCCUCCCAGCCUGGACAUCAACCACGUCAUGGGAUUGGCUGACCUGAGGAAAAAGCUUCCAGCAGCUGCAUUUGGGAAGAAAAAUUACACCGGGAACGAAGUCUGCUUUCAGGGUGUUUACUCCAGUCUCUACGAGGUGGAAAUAUCCAAUAAGGAUCAACAGAAAAUGGAUCAGCUGGUGGAAAACCUAAAGGAAAAGGACUUGGCCAUCAUCAAGUACCUGCGGGAGCAGGGGGUGCUCAUCCUGCUCACGGCCUCAGCCUUGGCACGGGACCACGGGCUGGAGCCCAAGGAGCCUGUCAGCCUCCUGGCCCUGUUCCUGUUCACCUCGCCGCAGGCCCUGGGACCCACAGUGGAAAACCAGGAUGCAAAGGAAAGCAGGGACAGGAGCGACAUCUCCUUAAAAAUCACCUCGGUUUUGCCUGGCCUUCGCUAUGCCUUACGGAAAGCCGCCAGUUCCUCCUGGAAUUCCUCAGGCAGCACCAGCACCUGGAUCAAGGAGCAGCUCCAGGAAUAUGCAAAGCUCCAGGAAAACUCUCAGCCCAGCCCCAGCCAGAACAGCGACAUUCCCGUUCCUUCUGUGCUCUCUCCAUCCGAGGAUGAAGCUGCUCAUCCUUCCCAGAAACUCUCGGAGCGAUCCCUGGCCCAGCUGCAGCGUUACCUCUCCGAUCCCAGCAGCUUCACCUUGGGAAUGUCGGCGGCCUUGGAAUGUCUGAGUGGUGCCGGCAGCAAUCCGGGAGCCAAUCCUGGGAAUUCCUCCUCAGCCGUGCCCUCACCGGAUCCCGCUCCUCCCAACGGGAGAGACGAGAGCGAGGCUCCAAAUCCCACUCUGGAGCUGGAGCAGGGUGGGGAGGGAUUCCCAAAAAAUGUCAACUCUCCCAGCAAGCUCUGGGGCCAGCAGAACAGGAGGAAAUCCAGCCGGAUCCUUGGGAAGAAUCUGUCACCCCUCAAGGCACAUCCCGUGGAAGACGACAGCAGGAACAGGGAAGCAGCCAAGAAAAAAAUUAACACGGCUUUGUCUUUUCCCAAAAAAUCAGGAUCCAAUCCCAACGAGCCCAUGCUGAAAUUGGCCAAUUUGCAGUUUCCACAUGGGAGGAAAAGGGGUGCGGAGGUGCUGGCUGCAGAAAUCAUCCACAAACCCCAGUGUGACCUUGCUGAGAAGGAAUCCUCAGCUCCUGGUGCUCCUGGCGUGGAAGCAAAGAGGCCAAAAACUCUGGAAAACCCGGACACGAGGAAGGUUCCGGUUGCGGAGAACGGCGCAAAGCCAGGAAAAAGUAAAACGCCAAAAAGUUUGGAAAACAGAGCAUCGAAACCUACAGGAGACGACGAGCAGGCAGAGAGGGAGCAGAACGAGCCGCUCUCCCACCCCCCGAGCGAAGCCUCUUCCCAAUCCCACGAAGCAGAGUGCCAUGGGAAUGAGGUUUAUCCCACUGGAAUUCCCAGCGUUGCCUUUGCUCCGCAAGGGGACAACUGCGAAUCCCACGCCUUGAACCUGCUGGCUGACCUGGCCCUGGGCUCUUGUAUCCCUCCCUUUAUUCCCAAGGAUUGUGGGAUCAUCCCGGUGUCCUGCAGCCUUCCCGGUGAUUCCACGGAGCAGCAGAGCCCUUCCAAGCCCAAAUCCCCACGCAUGGCUCCCGACCACAAAUACCACAGGGCAGAAAAGCACGGGAGAAAAGCCACCUCGACCAGCAAAGUGUCCAUGAACGAGCCACUUCCUGAAAAAACACAUCCCAACCAUCCAGCCUCUCUUCCCAAGGAGAAAACCUUUGGAAUUUUCAGUAGGACCAGCGUGAAUCUCAUCCCAGCCAAGCUCCAGGCGUUGCCUCCCCGGGAAGCUCCGGAAGCUGCCGAGGUGAACCAGCACUCCAUCAUCUCAGCCGAGCACUCCUACGCCUCCCCCAUGCCCGAGCAUCCCAGGAAACACCCCAAUCCCAAAGGGAAUCCCAGCGCUGGGCCAGCUCCCUCCAAAAACGGCCCCAGGAAUGCUCCAGCAGCUCCUUUGGUCGGGAAGGUGCUGCCAUUCCGGCACCAGCAGAGCAGCGCCUUGGAGCCCAGCAGGAGCAGGAGCUCUCCCAGGAAAAAGGAGGAUUUUUCCAAGAGCCACACGGUGAACAUCUGUGGGGAUUCCAUGAGGGUGACGUGCCGUUGGGAAGAGGAAUAUCUCUUCCACUUGGACAGCAGGUACACCAACGAUUCCCUGGAGAAAACUGUCAUCCGUGCCCUGCAUGGGCCCUGGGAUCCCGAUCUUCCCGACGACGUGGAAGGGAUGAAGCUGAUCCUGCACAUGUGGGUGGCUCUGUUCUACAGGAAGCCCAGCAAGCUCCUGAGCAGCUCCCGGAAGGUGGUGGAGCACUGCAAUCCCACCAAAUUUGUCUCCAUCAGCAGCUCCGGAGGUUUCCUGGAGCUCAGCGACGACAGCCAGGAUUGCUUCGCCUUCGAGACGUGUCCCGCAGACUCCGGCUCCGAUCCUGACCAGACUCCCAGCAGCUCCCUGGAUCCCAGCACUCCUUCUUGCCAGGGCCUUCCCCAGCCGGAGAAAAGCCCCGCGGAUUCCCAGACGGACGCGGAUGGAAUUCCCGGCGCCGUGGAUAGCACGGUGUCCUCCUCCUCAGGGGAGCUGCCCUGCGGGGAGGAGGAGGAGCCUUCCUCCACCAGCUGUCUCGAGAGCCUUUCCCUCCGGGAUGAUGCCGGGGAAAGGCGGGAUUUGGGACGCGGGGAGCCGGAGGUCGUUCCCGAGGAGGACGCGCGCGACGUCUCGAGCGUCGGCGCGGAGGAGCCGGUCAAGGAGAACCUGCUGGAUUCCAGGAUCACCCCCAGCCCUUCCCAGGAGCUUGGCUGUUCCGGCAAAUCCCCGGCUGAGUUUUCCAACCCCGGCAGCCAAACGCCGAAUUCCAGCUCGACUCCAUGGACAGACCCCCCCUGUGUGCUGCAGGAAAAUGGGGAGCAGCAGGAAAACCAGUGGGAAGCAGGCUCAGGGAGUGGCCCCGGCCCUCCCGAGGAUGGGGAGGGAAUGGGAGACUCUGGACACCCUCUGGAAGUUGAGGAUGGCAGCUGGGCCGCUGGCACUGAUCCACAGCCUCCCUGUGAUUCCGUGCCCUUGGAAGCAAAUCCCGCGAGUGCAGAGCCUGGGGGAGCCACUGAGGAAGGGGUGGAAUCCCAGGAGCCCUCGGAGCAUUUGGGAAAAGAGCAGAGAGAGGUGGAGGAGGGAAAGGAGGUGGAGGAGGGAAAGGAGGAGAAGGAGGAGUUUGAGGAUGAAAGCUCCUUCCUGGGACCUGUGGAUUUGAUGUUGUCUGAGAGCAGCGAUGCCGAGAUGGAAUGUGAGCACCGCGAGCAGAAUCCAGGGAAUUCGGCGUCUCCAGAGGAGCUUGGUGUUCCUGAAGAGGACCCCGUGCCCAGCCCCACCUCCCUGGCAUCCCCCUGCCCCGACAGAUCCACACCAGCACUGUCAGAUGGGACCGGGACCGACCCCGAAGGGUUUCCCGAGGAGAUGUCACCAAGCCGGGAUGAGCUCCCGGAUCCCUGGGAUGCUCCGGGCAGCGCGGAUUCGGAGAUAGAUGGGCUUGGUGCGGCCAGCCCGGCCGAGGUGGGGUCACCCCACAGUGACAGUGGGGAGCCGCUGUCCCCACCUGAUCCCAGCCCUGUCCACGAGGCGCAGCCCGACAGCGUUACGGGAAACCCGGGAGCUGCUGGAGACGCGCUCGGGAAUGGCUCGGAGCAGAAAAACUGGGAUCAUGCGCCCUCUGCAGAAAGGUGGGAGCCUGCCAGGAGCACGGCCAGCCUGGAGUCCCCCCGCAGCCAGGGAAUGACCCUGACCCUGUCCCCCGACUCCAGCUCCGUCUGCCUGACCUCUCCCGAUGGAUCUGUUGAUCCGUGGGCUGCUCCAGAGGAUCCGCCCAUGGAGAGCCUCCAGUCGCCGUCCCAGAGCGAGCUGGGAAGGAGCAGCUGCUGUUCCCAGGCGUGUGGGGAUGAUGCUGAUCCUGAGCUGGAUUCCCUGGACACUGAGGAAUCAAACCAAGGAGGGAGCAGGAUUCUGGUGGAAGAACAGCAUGGAAGCGCCGCUGCCAGCGGCACAGAGGAGCUGGAUGAUCCCAUGGGAGCAGGAGAUGGCCGGGACUCCCCCUUGGACUAUGCAGACGCAGGAGAUGAUUCCAGAGCUGAGGAGAGGGAGGAUGAGUUCCCUGAGGCAGAGAAUUCCCCUGGGAAUGACACAAUGAGCAUGGAAAUGGCGGCUGACACUCCACAGGAGCCGGGCAUCCCUCUCCACCAUCACCUCCUGGAAUCAGAGCCCCCAUCCUCCUCCAUCCGGGAGGGGAUCUCGGCCAUCAAGGAGCUGCCCAGGCAGCAGCAGAACUUCCCAAAUAGCCAUGGAGACCCAGCUCCUGCUUCUCCCCCUCACACUGGAGGCUCAAAUCCCCCCAUUCCCGCGGUGCCGAGCCGGCGGGAGUCGGUCCUGUGCCGCCUCUGGAAGCCGUGCUGGGAAGGAGGAGCUGCCCAGGUGAGCGUGGCUGCCUGGAGCCUGGAUGGCUCCUUAAAUCCCAGCUGUUCCCAGGAGGAGAUGAGAGCUCCGCACUCCCCCGCGGAUGAGUUUGUGCCAGCCGAGCCGGGAUCUGCUCCUCCUUCUCCGUGCGAUCCAUGGGACGAUCCCGAGGGUGCUGAGCCGGGCUCUCCCCUCCCCGAGGCGCUCCCUGGGAUGCUCCCUCCUUCUCCGGACAGUGCCCGGUGGUCCGGGAGCUGCGGCAGCGCCGGGAGCCAGGCAGGGGAUGCCGGAGGGAGCCCCGGGGAGGAGCCCAUCCCGCCUGAGGAUCUGGAAGGAGGCAGCAUUCCCAGUCCUGCUCCCUUCCCAGCCCGGGAGUGUCCCCUGUGCGAGCCCUGGGCUGGGUGUGAACACAGCCCCGAGGGAUCCGAGGCGUUCCCUGAUCCCGACUGCGCCGGCUCUGAGGUGGGAGAGGGAGAAAUCCCCGAUUCUCCCAUGCCGGCGUCGCCAUUGGGCGAGCACAGGGAUCCCUCCGGAGAAAGCCCGGAGCUCAGCGAUGCCGAGGAUAUUUCGGAUGAGCUCCCAAGGGAAGAGCAGCUCCCAUGCCAGGAUGGACACGAGGGCUCGGCCUUUGAAGAUCCAUUGGAGAAUUCCUUUGGUGACUCAGAGCAGGAAUAUUUUGAGGGCGAUUCACGCUCCCCGCUUCCAACCAGGAAUUCCUGCAUCAUGAGCUCCUCGGAUGCUGCAGGAACAAGGACUAGCUGGGACAACUCCCCCAGGAGCUCCGUGCACAUGGAGGAGCACGGAGAGGACUGGGAUCGGGGGAUCCCCAGGGAUUACGGGAGCUUCAUGGUCACUCGGCAGUGCCAGGAGAGGAUGGAAAAUUUCCAGCUUCCAAAGAGGCGCAGCCGCCGUGCCCGGGAAUCUCCUCUGCUCCGGUCCCUGAUGGGGACCUGGAGGGGCUUUGAGGAAAUCACCCAGAACACUUUGGACAUGGAAUGUCUCCGCUUCCAUUAUAAGCUAAAACAAAUCCUGAGGAAUGGCAAACCUCCCUUUUCUACCUCCAAAAGCAUCUUCCCAAAAGACUUCUGUGCCCCCAUCCCGCUGUCCCCACGCAGCAGGAGCCCCUUGCAGGUGACAAUUCCACCUUCAGACGCGUGGCUGGGCGGGCUCCACUCCCGCCGGCACAGGGAUAACCGGGAUACCAGGAGAGCCAGAUCCCGGGCCCGGAGCCGGGAUCGCAGGGCUCCCUUGCACCUCGGGAAGCUCCGAUACGACCGCGCCCUGCCGGACUCGCGGGGGGACGUCGCCGUCAUCCUGGACGAGUAUUCCGAGUUCCAGAGGGUGGUGCUGAGCAGGGCCGAGGCCAGGAGCGAGGGCCCGGCGCAGGGAGAGGCCGGGAAUGCGCGGGUCGGGACGGGCCGGCCCGGCAGGACGGUGGCGUUCGGGGCGGUGAUCGCGGAGCUGCGCGGGGCCCUGCGCGCCCACCUGCGCCGCGUGGCCGACGGACAGCCCAGAAUGUUCUACCUGCUGGAGACGGGACAGGAGCCGUUCUUCGACAGGGUGAAGGCCUUGCUGAAGGAUGAGGGCUUUGUGAGGACGGAACCCCUGAACUUCUGCGGGGCCGCAGGCCGGGACGGCGAGCGGCUGCUGGUCAUCGUCAGGAACGAGGACAUCUCCUCCCACAUCCACAGCGUGCCGUGCCUGCUGCAGCUGAAGCGCUGUCCCGGCGUGGUGUUUGCCGGAGUGGACGAUCCCGAGGAUGUGACGGGUGACACAUUCCAGGAGCUGUUCCAGGCCGGAGGCUUCGUGGUGUCCGACGAGGAGCUGUUGGAAAGGGUGACCCUGGGCCAGCUGAAGGAGGUGGUGAAGGUGCUGGAGAAGCUGAACAGGAACGGGAGGUGGAAGUGGCUCCUGCACCACAAGGAGAGCAAGAAGCUCCGAGGAGACCUCAGCAGGGGCGAUGCCCAGAAGAAGCAGCUGCUGCUGAAGUGGUGCCAGGGAGCGGAGCUGGUGGAGCUGCUGCACUUCCACGGCUGCGACUCCCCGGCGGCUCCCGAAUCCCGGCACAUCCAGUGCCUGCUGGAGCUGCAGGUGCGCCACAUCCACGCCAGGUUCGCCGUGUAUCUCACAGAAAAUCCCGGCGGCAGCAGCAGCAGCAGGGAAAUCCUGGAAAGCAAAGGAAUUCUUGUGGCUGACAUCAACACCUUCCUCGGGACGGUGCAGAAAGUGGCUGCUCCGUUCAGAAGAAGCUACUGGUGACAAAGCGAAGCCACGAGGACACAGCUCCUCCCCAGGCCCUGUGGCACCAGUUUGGGCAUCCCAGUCCCGCAGGGAACAUCCCCACCGUCCAUCCCAGUGGAUCCCAGACAUUGCUGGGGGUGGGGGAAGGUCGGGUUUAGCUCUGUACAUAAAUCUUAUUUAAAGCUGGGAAAUGCAAAUCCUCGGGGGAUUCAUUCCCUGCCACCUAGUCCCACAUAGGAAAGGUUCUUUUAACGGUACAGGUAAAUUAUUGGAAUGUUUUCAAGUCUUUAGAGCAGCUGCCAUUGGAGCAUUUGGAAAAGGAAUUUAAUUUCCCGAAGUUUACUUGAAGGCUAGGAAUGAGAAGAAAUCCAUUUUCCACCUGGCUGUUGCUGUCCAGGCCCCGCCCAGGCCCACACUACAUUUCAGCUCACCCCUGUUGCCUCCUGGUACCAGUUCCCUGCUGGGACUCGACGCCUUCCAGCACGUGGAAUUCUUGUAAAUAGCAGGAAGCCGGGAUGCAGGAACAGAAUAAGCUCUUAUUUAUGGGGGCCGGGAUGGAAACGCCACGUCCGAGCCCCGUUCCCAACCCGGCUCCGCGGGGCAGGGGCGUCCUUUCAGUUUGUUUUUAAAUCCAAGACUGCGAGGCCGUUCUGUACAGGAUGAAUUUGUAAAGAGUUUGAUUAAUAAAACCACCAAAAAAAUGAA